UCAAGUGGCCGUGUGCAGUUUGCGCGAAGGAGAAGGCACUAGAGGAGCUCUCAGGUGCAGAAGCCCAAGAAUGUACAUGAUUGGGGUCUGUACUGCUGCAUUUGGAACGCUUGGCCUCAUGCGGUUUUUCGGCAUGCCCUGGCCUUGGGGCGUGGCGGCCGCUCUGGGCAUCUACAUUGGCUGCGGCGGCUGGAGAUUUCUCCGGAUCAUCUUCAAGACGGCCUUGAGGGACCUUCUGGGUCUGACAGUGCUUAUUCAAGUCAAGUAUGAAUUGCAGCGGCAUCGGAAAGCCGACAGCAACGUGCCCAAGAUCUUCCGGGACAUUGUCCGCCGGAACCCAGAGAAACUGGCCCUGAUCUACGAGGCCACCGACGACAAGUGGACCUUCCGGCGCCUGGAUGAGUUCUCCAACGCCGUGGCCAACUUCUUCUCCCAGGAGGGCUUUCUCCCGGGUGACGUCGUUGCCAUCUUUAUGGAGAGCCGCCCGGAGUUUGUGGGCCUCUGGCUAGGGAUGGCCAAAGUGGGCAUCGAGGCUGCCCUGAUCAACUUCAACUUGCGCCUCGAUUCGCUGCUGUACUGCGUGAAAACCUCAGGCGCAAAAGCCCUCAUCUUCGGUGGAGAACUGUCAGCAGCGGUCUCUGAGGUGAACGGCAUGCUGGGGAAAAAUAUGGUCAAGUUCUGGUCCGGAGACAUAAGUCCCGAAUCCAUUCCUUCGGACACAAAGCAUCUGGAUCCUCUACUGGCUUUGGCAUCGAAAUCUCCUCCGGCUCAGGUUUCAGCGAAGGGAUUGGAUGAUCGACUGUUCUACAUCUACACCUCGGGCACCACUGGAAUGCCGAAGGCCGCCAUCGUGGUGCACAGCAGAUAUUACCGAAUAGCAGCUUUUGGAUAUUAUGCCUACAGAAUGACUCCUGAUGACAUAAUCUAUAACUGCCUGCCACUGUACCAUUCAGCAGGGAACAUCAUGGGUGUUGGGCAGUGUAUAAUCCACGGCUUGACUGUGGUGAUCAGGAAGAAAUUCUCCGCCAGUAACUUCUGGGAUGACUGCGUGAAAUACAAGUGCACGAUUAUCCAGUACAUUGGGGAGAUCUGCAGGUAUCUGCUGAAUCAACCGAUACGGGAGGUGGAAAUGCAGCACCAGGUGCGGCUGGCGAUAGGGAACGGCUUGAGGCCCACCAUCUGGGAAGACUUCACCCAGCGCUUCCGCAUCAAGCAGAUCGGGGAGUUCUACGGAGCUACAGAAUGCAACUGCAGCAUCGCUAAUCUGGACGGCAAGGUCGGUGCCUGUGGCUUCAACAGCCGGAUCCUGCCCAAUGUGUAUCCUAUCCGCUUGGUGAAAGUAAACGAGGAAACCAUGGAGCUGAUACGGGAUUCAAAUGGGCUCUGCAUCACCUGCCGCCCAGGAGAGCCAGGGCUUCUUGUGGGCCGAAUAAACCAGGAGGAUCCCUUGCGUCGGUUUGACGGCUACGUCAACGAGAGUGCCACCAACAAAAAGAUCGCCUGCAACGUCUUCAAGAAAGGGGACCAGGCCUACCUUUCAGGAGAUGUAUUAGUGAUGGAUGAGCUUGGCUAUAUGUACUUCAAGGACCGGAGUGGCGACACGUUCCGGUGGCGCGGGGAGAACGUUUCCACCACGGAAGUUGAAGGGAUCCUGAGUCACAUCCUCAGCAAGACAGACGUUGCAGUUUACGGGGUGGAGGUGCCAGGUGUGGAAGGUAAAGCUGGAAUGGCAGCCAUUGCUGACCCAGAAGCCAAACUGAACCCCAACGUGCUGUACCAGGAGAUGCAGAAAGUGCUGCCCCCUUACGCGCGGCCCAUCUUCCUUCGACUCUUGCCUCAGGUCGACACCACAGGCACUUUCAAAAUCCAGAAGACCCGCUUGCAAAGGGAAAACUACGACCCACACCAGACAUCCGAUCGGUUAUACUUCUUGGAUGUAAAACUUGGCAAGUACCUGCCACUGGAUGAGAGUACGUUUGAGAGGAUCCAGGCUGGGAAGGUGUCUCUGUGAUUUCACCCCCGAAAUAGCUGGCUGCUGGGAAACCUUGCCUGGGUAGAGAGACAGACUUGGCUAGAAGAGGCAAUCCAAGGGUUUUGCUCAUGACGUCUGCCACAGAGACGAAACCAGCCAUGGUGUGAGGCUGGGCUUGCCCUUUCCUUUUUUCGAAAAGCACAUUAACCCUUCCCUGGGACGAGAGUGGGACCCAUUUCAACAGUCCAGUCUUUAGAAUGGUUCGUAACCAUGGUAUCGAGGGACUCCGUACAAACCAGGAAGAAUUGAUGAACUGCGUUAUUAACCUUGAAAGCCCUCGAUGCAAGUUAAUUGAGCUAGCAAUAGCUUUGUUCCCUGUCCUGAGGCAGUUCUGCGUGCCGUUAAAGCGUCCAGUCACUCUGGGAUUUCCACACUCCGAAUUUACACAUUGUAGACCUUCAACUGUCAACAGCGGGAGAGCGGUUCUAUUUCUACAGGGACUCGCUGGCUUCAUCUGGUCUUUUUAAAAAAAAAUUACUUUUUUUUUAUUUCAAAAUUUGAAAGCUAUUGUGAAAAGCAAAAAAAAAAAUAGUGGAAAUUAGGCACAGAAGAAAUGCCCUUUGCUCCUGACGACCUGCCUGAACAAGACCUCUGUGAUGCUCAAAAGCUUCCAUACUUCUGCAAAUGUCUGCACCGUGCAUUUGCAGGGGGAAAGACAUUGGUAUCUCCUCACUUCACUGGCUUAAGGGCCUGCCAAUGCCAACGGCAGUUCCUGGCCUGUGGCCGUGAUGUUUAAAAAGUCACAGAGUUCUGCUGAUCUGGAAUUUCAGGGGGGAAAAUGGUUCAGUAUUACUAAAGAGCAGUUCUGUUGUGACGUUUGCCCUGUCCAGCCGAUCCGGGUCUCCUUUCUGCAGGAAGCGCAAGACAGCCGAUCAAAGGCGAUUGGCAGCAUGAUGUUGGUGUCCAACGGUUCUGCUUCCCCUCCCCUCUGCCCCCGGAUGUAUCAUCUAGUCUUGGAACGAUUCCAAGAAAGAAAGGGGAAGGCUGUGAAGUGUUCAGGGUGACCAUGUGAUAGGAAGCACUUUUAUGUUUUUCUUAUCAUCAUAAGGGUGGAAGAACUCUAUGCCAACACCGAUGUGGUUCCCCCUGGGAGGCCCGAUUACCAAAUUGAAAUAUUUCACAGUAACUUACUGGCAUUGUGCCAUUCUCUUUCUGCCCUGCACCCUUUGGAGGGGCCAGCAUUUGACUUUGAGGAACUUUUAUUCUCUUUGGCAGGGACAGAGUUUUGCAUAAAGCAAAUGUCACAAGGACUCGUGCAGAAUAACGUUCUGUCAUUUCGCUGAGCACGUCUUCUAGUUCUACCUUAACCUUGGUUACAGUUCAAAAACCAGAUGGUUGUUCUCCCCCCCCCCCUCCUUCUUUUCUUAAAGACCCCCCAAAAUGUGCCUUUUCAUAACUUUGUGUCAGAACCAGGCAUAGCUGAAGUUAACAUUUGCAAUAAACCUAACGGUGUGAUUUUUAAUUCUCAGAGAAGACAAAGGUACCUACAGCCGAGUGAACUGCUGGUGAAAAUGGUUGACCUUGAUUUAAAAAAAAUAAUACUAAAAGCUCUUUCAUGGUUUUAAAUGCAAAUCAUGCACUGACUAACUCGGUUCUUUGAAGCAAAGUUACAUUUUCAAAACGGCGCUAUCGUCGUCGAAAUAUAACUUUGCUUUUGGAAAUUCAAAACUUAAAAGAAUAAAGAUACUUUAAAGUGA